AUGGAGAAUCUGGAAAGAAAUGUGCACGCCGCGUGCUCGGAGACAACGCAUCUAAAUAUGGUGAAGGCGAUGGAGGAGUGUGGUGUUAAAAGCCUGGGCUCGUUUUUUCUGAACAAGACAGCUGAAACCGACAGUGGGGUCAAAACAACCAAGUCUGCACUGCUUGAAGCUGUGAACAAGAGAUUCGAAACCAGUUUCUCUGAGCAAUUAUACUACUUGGCAACAAUCCUGGACCCCAGAUAUAAAGAUCGCUACUUUGACGCAGACCUCAAGCUAGUGGCAAAAAACAAGCUAGAGAAAGAAGUGGACAAGAUGACCGCCUCAGCGACGACCAGCGCCAGAGCCACAGUUGGGCCUACACCAGUCGCAGAAGAAGCUGAGCCAGAAGAAGGUGAACCACAAGAAAAGAGGAUGCGUACGCCAAGUGAAGGGCAUUCGUUCCUGGACAUGUUCGAUGAAAUUCUGGAGGAAAAGGAGCAGGAUGAACAGGCAACAGGUCCAACGAGUGUGCAGGUGCAUGGUUACCUGAGUGAGCCCACUAUCCCCAGAAAUGUUAGCCCACUGCAGUACUGGCAAAGCAACAUGACCCGCUUCCCUGCCCUCGCCCCAGUGGCACGCAAGUACCUCUCAGCUCCAUGUACCAGUGUGGACAGCUUAACGCCUCUUCUCCGCAGCUUCAAAUGUUGUCAGUGA